ACACACAGUCACCCUCCUACAUGUACACAAACACACAGUCACCCUCCUACAUGUACACAAACACACAGUCACCCUCCUCCAUGUAAUCAAACACAUAGUCACCCUCCUACAUGUACACAAACACACAGUCACCCUCCUCCAUGUAAUCAAACACAAAGUCACCCUCUUACAUGUACACAAACACACAGUCACCCUCCAACAUGUAAUCAAACACAUGGUCACCCUCCUCCAUGUAAUCAAACGCAAAAUCACCCUCCUACAUGUACACAAACACACUGUCACCCUCCUACACGUACACAAACACACUGUCACCCUCCUACAUGUAAUCAAACACACAGUCACCCUCCUUCAUGUAAUCAAACACAAAAUCACCCUCCUACAUGUACACAAACACACAGUCACCCUCCUACAUGUACACAAACACACAGUCACCCUCCCCCAUGUAGUCAAACACAAAGUCACCCUCCUACAUGUACUCAAACACACAGUCACCCUCCUCCAUGUAAUCAAACACAGAGUCACCCUCCUACAUGUACUCAAACACACAGUCACCCUCCUCCAUGUAAUCAAACACACAGUCACCCUCCUACAGGUACACAAACACACAGUCAUCCUCCUACAUGUACACAAACACACAGUCACCCUCCUCCAUGUAAUCAAACACAUAGUCACCCUCCUACAUGUACACAAACACACAGUCACCCUCCUCCAUGUAAUCAAACACAUAGUCACCCUCCUACAUGUACACAAACACACAGUCACCCUCCUCCAUGUAAUCAAACACAAAGUCACCCUCUUACAUGUACACAAACACACAGUCACCCUCCAACAUGUAAUCAAACACAUGGUCACCCUCCUCCAUGUAAUCAAACGCAAAAUCACCCUCCUACAUGUACACAAACACACUGUCACCCUCCUACAUGUAAUCAAACACACAGUCACCCUCCUCCAUGUAAUCAAACACAAAGUCACCCUCUUACAUGUACACAAACACACAGUCACCCUCCUACAUGUACACAAACACACAGUCACCCUCCUCCAUGUACACAAACAUACAGUCACCCUCCUCCAUUCACCCUCCUCCAUGUACACAAACAUACAGUCACCCUCCUCCAUGUACACAAACACACAGUCACCCUCCUCCAUGUACACAAACAUACAGUCACCCUCCUACAUGUACACAAACAUACAGUCACCCUCCUCCAUGUACACAAACAUACAGUCACCCUCCUCCAUGUACUCAAACAUACAGUCACCCUCCUACAUGUACACAAACAUACAGUCACCCUCCUCCAUGUACACAAACACAACUGUUUUACUAUUUAGUCGCACUUUUCUUUUUUAUAAGUUUUAUUAUUCAUAUAAAAAACAGUAAUAAAGACAGGGAAGGAUUGGCACUCAUACCACAUCUUUAAUAUCUAUGUGCAUCUAGGUUUAGUUUUAUGCAAAAGUCCAGAGGCUAUUUUCACAAAAAUCGUACAACUUUAAUUAGUCGGAAGUUAUACUGAAAUGUGUAUGACUUGCAAGUAUUUUUACCGUAAGAUUUUUUGUGAGAUGUACAGAAAAAUGAGGAUAUCUUCCUUUUAAUACAAAUCCAUUAUAAGAAACUCUUUGAACUUGGUUAAUAUCUGUAUUUUUAUACUUUCAAUUAUAUUUUUGAAGUGGUUUCGGUAAAUAAACAGAUGAAUUAAUAAAUGUUGUGAUUAUUGUUGGAAAGUACAUACUUGAUCAGGGUCUGGAGGAAGUGAUUAAACAAUUACACAUAAAGAAAAGUGCAGUUGUUUGAUGGGUGAUGGGAUAACUGAGAUCAACAUACAAACAUCUACAGUACAAUCAUACUUACCAGAAAUCUAAUUAUUUGUGGCAGUAAUAUUUACAACAGGUCACACAGCUAAAAAAAAGGGGCAGGGAUACAGGUGGGGAGAACAGAACUUAAACAGUCCCUUCCAUUACUAUUGUCUGAUUUUGCAAAGUCGAGACAAAGCUUUUAGAUAACCUGCUUAUAUUUUAGUAGGUACUUGACUACCCUUUUUGCACUGCCAAUGAAAAAUUGUGAUAGCACAUUAUCAAAAAUAGAAGUAAGCAGGAAGUGAAAUUGACAUUUUCAGAAAAUGAUUAGGGUUGGUAAUCGGAAAUUGGGAGAUCACCACAAAGGAUAUAGUGGGACAUAAAGAUUUGGUUAGGGGAAUAUUGGCAAUUGCCAUACAAAUGGGAGGUUU